UUUCUGAGAAUCGAGGACGCUGAUCAAUUUUACACACAAUGCCCAGUGAAAAUGAACAAAAUUACAUGUACCUGUUUUAAUUUCCCACUUAACAAUAUAAUCGUAAUAUAACACGUCUUAUCAUCGAUAACAAUUAAUAUGUUAACGAUGUUUUAAAUCGAUUAGCGUUCUCGAUUCUCAGAAAAACUUCAACCAUGAUACGAUUAAUAUGAGACAGACGUUAUGGCGUCAAAAAUAGACUCGAUUAGCUGUUCAUAUCCGAAAUAAAGAGAGUUUAGUAUAUGAUGCGAUAAUAACAACGAGUUCGAACUUGUCAGUCAUCGACAUUAAGAUAAACAAGUAACACGGACAUUCGCAAGGGAACCUACAGUUUGAUCAGAGAAUCUACAAGAUCUUCGAGACAAUGUCUUCUCAAGAGGAUGAUAGCAAUAGACACAUAGCAAAAUUUGAAUCUGAUAUGAUUGUAUUUGAUAUGGAAUAUGAAAAGAAACGAAUGGAAAAUAAUGCAGUCCGGUUAUGUAAAACCAUAAAAUAUAAUCGAUUAUUUAAACGUAAUCUUGAUAUGGAGCAAGAACUAAUAGAUUCUGCUCUUUCACCCACUUCCGAUCUUUCUGUAGAUAAAAUUGUGAACUACAUAAACUCGUCAAAUGAAACAUUACAAUUACUGGGAAUCCAAGCUUACGCAAGAUUAAAACGAGAAAAAAAUCCUUCUAUAAAUGAUACGAUAGAUGAUAUAUUACCACGCUGUAUUAAGCUCUUAGACAAUGACAUUAUUUCCUUGCAAUUUCAAAUAGCAUCUUUAUUAGCUAUCAUAUCUUUGGAUACAUUCAAACAAACGCAUGUUAUAACAUGUGAAGCAAUAUCAAAAUUAAUAAAACUACUUAAAUCAUCGCCUAUUGUCGCGGAACAAGCAGUGCGUGCCUUAGGAAAUAUAAUUGAAGAUAAACCAUAUGCACGUGACUUUGCUCUUAAAUAUAAUGCUCUACCUCUUUUGGCAGAUUUAAUUAAAUCCGAUACUUCAGUGUCAUUCAUGGACAACAUUUCAUGGCUUUUAUCUAAUUUAUGUCAAAGGAAUAUACCUCUAAGUGUUGGAUUGAUUAGACCUGUUCUACCAGUAUUUCAUUGCUUAUUUAAUAUUAAAAAUCAAUACAUAAUUUCCGACAUCUGCCGGACACUCUCUUACCUUACCGAUGGAUCUAACGAUAAUGUACAAGCAAUAAUGGAAACUGUAGGCAUUCUACCGAAACUUUUAGAAUGUCUGACGUUGAGGAAAGAAACUAUCGUUAUUCCAGCAUUGCGUACAGUAGGAAAUAUAGUGACAAUUGGCGAUGAUGCACAAAAGAAUGCUGUAAUCUCCGCGGGAGGAUUGUCGCGUCUUGGUGACGUGUUACGAUAUUAUUUGUGUGUCGAUGAGAAAUAUAUUGUAGAGGAAGCUUUUUGGGCAAUUUUUAAAAUAGUUGACAAUACAGACCGAAUUCAAAGUGUAAUAAGUGCUGAUCUGUUACCACUACUGAUAGAAGGGCUUCAGUUUGGAAAUGCGCAAAUAAUAGCCACAUGGACUGUAAUUGCCUUGAUAACUGGAGGAACGAUUCAACAUUUGAUCCAAUUAGUGCAAGCUGGCGUGUUGCAAGCUUUUUGUAAUUUACUUGAAUCAAACAAUAAUCUAAAUAUUAUUAAUGCCUUAAUUGGUAAAGCUGAAAUCUUGCAUGCAGCAGAGAAAAUAGGACAAGCAGAAAAACUUGCCAUUAUGAUCAAAAAAUUUGGAGGAUUAGAUAAAAUAGAAAAUCUCCAAUAUCAUAAGAAUGAACGAGUUUAUGCAGAAUCUUUGGCUAUAAUCAACGUGUACUUUCCUCAAAGGGAGGCACGAAUAAACGGAGACGCAUUAUCAGUAGAGCUAUGCAAAGCCAAAGAAGAUGAUCGAUUGUCAAAUUGCAAUCUUGAUACAAAGCAAGCAUUACCAGAUUUAUCAAACAUAAAUGUUACAUUAACUUCUCGUCUUUCUGUAGAAGAAAUUGUAAAUUACUUAUACUCAUCAAACGAAACAUUACAAUUAGUGGCAAUUCAGAAUUACAAAACCUUAUUACGUGAAAGAAUACGUAAUAGAAUUUCUAUGAAUGAUAUAGUAGAAGAUGACAUAGUAUCACGUAGUAUUGAACUCUUAGAUAGCUGUCACAAUUUGGGUACAUUCAAACAAAAGCAGAGUAUUAUAAAACAUGGAAUAAUAUCAAAAUUAGUGAAGCUAUUUAAGUCCACAGAGUUUUUUAUUGCAAGAAAAGCAGUGCAUAUUUUAGGAAAUAUAACGAAAGAUAGACCUUAUGCACGUGAUAUUGCUCUUAAUCAUGCUGCUCUACCCCUUUUGAUUAAAUUAAUUAAUUCUGAUACCUCAAUGAUAUUCAUGCGCGACAUCGUAAGGACUAUGUUUCAUUUAUGUAAAAAGUCGUAUCCACCUUUAUCUCUUGAAUGGAUUAGAACUAUUCUACCAGUUUUCAGUUACCUACUUACUAUUCGAAAUCAAAGCGUAAUUUCCAAUACCUGUUGGAUGCUUGCUUACCUUACUGAUGGAUGCGAUGAUAACAUAUAUGCGUUAUUGGAAACUGGUAUUCUACCGCAAGUUUUAGGGUGUCUGAUGUCGCAGGAAAAAAUUAUCUUUUUUCCAGCAUUGCGCACAGUUGCACAUAUAGUAGAAUCAGGUGAUACUUAUGAAACAAGUGCUGUAAUUUCCGCUGGAGGUUUCUCGUAUCUUUGUACCUUGUUGCGAAAUUAUCUCGACGAAGGUGUUGUAGUGGAAACUGUUUCGGCAAUCUACAAAAUGGUUAAUACCGAAGAACAAAUCCAAUGUAUGAUAGAUGCUGAUUUAUUACCACCAUUGAUAGAAAUACUUAAAUUUGGAACAAAAGAGGCACAAUAUAUAGUUGCAUGGACUGUAAUGGAUAUAAUAUCGAUAGGAUCAAUUGAACAUUUGAACGAAUUAGUAAAUGCCGGCUUGUUACCAGCUUUUUGUAAUUUAUUGGAAGCAGAGGAUUGUAAUAAUGUUAUUAAUGUCUUAGAUUGUCUAACUGAAAUGUUGCGUGCUGCAGAGAAAGUAGAACAAACAGAAAAAUUUAUCAUUAUGAUUAGAAAAUUUGGAAUAAUAGAUAAAAUAGAAACUAUUCAAUAUCAUCAUAAAGUAUAUUCAACUACAUGUGUUUUUCUAGAAAGACAGAUGAGAUGUAGAAGAACUGGGAAAGCUAUGCAAAAACGAUGCGAAGUAGAGAACAAAUGCGGAAGAGAUGUAAAAGAAAUACAGAAAUGGUGCGGAAAAGGUGCAAAAGAGUUGCGGAAACGGUAA